AUGUCUCUACACGCCGGCAUGGCGCAAUCGUGGCAACCACUGACGGCGAGAGACAUGCGGCGGUGGCUUUCAGCAAGCUUGCCACCAAAGCGGGGACCACAGCAGCUUGCGGGUGCUCGGCGCAACAUUGCAGUGGCCCUUGCGAUGACCACAUGGCCAGCCGCAGGGCGUGCGUACAGACGCGCGGCUACUCCGCAGACUGUCCCACUCGUGGAGCUGAACCGGUCGUGUGCCACUGCCCCGUCGAGACAGGCUGGUGAUCAGGCUGCUGGAUCACCCUUGUUGGAUGCUUUUCAGAAUGUUGGGGCUUUCCAGGUUCAGGUGCCUGGGCCUCUGGUGGUGCAGUCAAGAGGAGUCUUUCAAGAGUUUGAACUGUUCAUGGAGUCGCCGGAGAAAGAAAAGCGACGCCUGCUCUGCGACCCUGAGGAGCUACUCCAUGUGCACGGCUACCAACCGCGUGGCAGCCAGGGCGAGCGUUUUAAUCGAUACCGCUCCGGCCUUGUCCUCCACGGCAGACAAACUUUGCCUUUGCUGCCUGAGCAGUUUCAGGCGCAGUUGGCUAGCUGGCGGGAGCAGGUCUGGCGGCUUGCUGAAAGGAUUCUGCAUCAGCUGGUCUGCGAGUUGCAUGAGACUGGCAUGAUGGAGGUGCAGCCAAGCAUGGGAUUGUUCAGCGAGGGUGCCUCCCUUGACAUGAUUUCUGGAUCUCACUUCCAGCUGAAGAAGAUGCACCCCGCUGACGAUGUUCCACUUGCGGGCAGUGCUGGCAAAGAGACUGUUCGGCUGCCACUUCAUCAAGAUCCCAGCUUCCUGUCUCUUCUGAUUCAUGGCUCGUCGGCGCCACCAGGGCAAGGUCUAGAAGUCUGGCACGAAGCAUCCCAGGAGUUCGUGGCUGUGCCGCGGUCCGGCUGCGAAGUGGCCACGAUUCUAAUUGGCCAGCUUUUUCACUUGUUGUGUGGCCGUGGAGACCUGCGCUUCGCCAAAGGGGCCCAUCGAGUUGUGACUCGUCCAGAAGACAUGCAGAGGCAGCGGCUCGGAGCAGUCUUCUUCUUCCAGCCCAAGUUGGACACCUUGUUGCUGCCUUUGGUGCCUCCGACGAAAGGGGACGACGUUCC